AUGCCUCCACGGAUAUCUGGCCCAGAGGGGCUCAGAAGCCUAACUUUGUGUUUGCGCCCAGCCGCCAAACCUUCGACGACUCCGUUUCUACCUCUGACACAAACGGCAAACCUCUCGCAAAAGGAGAAGAAGCGGCUCAUGAAGCAGGAGCCGUAUCGCUGGGCUCAAAUACAACAGCGAAAGGCCGUACAUGUCAAGAAGCAAGAGGAGCUACAGCGAUCACGCGACGCAGGCUGGGGCGACCAGAUUCAUGGCAAGCCGACCCCGUUCGUCGCGUCUUUCGAUACGGCCGGCCAGGCCAAUCGCACCCCUCCCAUGACCGACGGCAACGGGGUCCCCAUUGGCGAGCCUCACGACCUACCCACGUCCCCCGAAAUCCUCAACCAUUUACUCUCAAGGUCAGAGCUCGAGGAGGCCAUAGCAACCUCGUAUCAGCUGGCCGAGCCGGUGGAGAACCCUAACUCUACCCUUAUCGACCCCGUCGCUCAAGAGAAGGAACAGCAGGAGUAUCAAGAGAACCAUCGAAAGGCAGUCAUUGCUCUCCAGCGGAUCACGGCUUUGGAGAACGGCAGCAGCAAGGACAGGCUCCACGCCAACAUCCGGCGAUGCAUCGAGACCUUUGGACGCCAUAACACAGACCAGACGCUCCGGCCGCGGCCGCGGGGACCUGCUGGCCAGCAACAAGCUGCGCAGCCAGUGGCUCGGGCCGGGCCCGAUACUGGGUCGUCAGAGGUGCAGAUUGCCAUUUUGACCGCCAAGAUCCGCGCCCUAUCCAAAGCCCUCGAUGCGCCAAAGGGCCAAAAGGACAAACACAACAAGCGAAACCUGAGAAAUCUUUGCCACAGACGCCAAAGGUUGCUCAAAUACAUGGAGAAGAAGGAGAAAGGGAGCGAGAGGUGGACACACAUGCUCGAGACGCUGGGUCUGACACCAGCUACCUGGCAGCAGCAGAUCUCGUUCUAA